UGGUUCAGAGAACCCAUGAGUCAGUUAGGGAAGUGUGGCCAGGCCGGGCUUUGCUCCCGCAGGCUCAGCUCUGCUGGGGUGAGGCUCUCCCCGCCCUGGGGGCAGACCCAGGCCUUGGCCCAGGUGUGUUUUUGGGCUCGCCCCGCCUCACCCAGUGCUGCGGCGGCAGCAGUGACGGAGCAGGGAGCAGCAAAACAUGGUGCCAGGCUGAACGGCUGGAGCCGGCGUGGAGCAGCAAAGGAAUGGAGGCUCUGCAUAUCCUUGGUGAUGAGGAUGGAGUCUGGGCCUCCUUCUCUCUUAAGUGAUCAUGAUUGUAUAAAACACCUGUUCCCACCCCUGAAAGCAGAUGUUUUGUGCUCUUUGCCCUCCCAGGCAGGUGUGACUGAUUUCAGAGCCCUCAGAGCAAAAUUUCAGAAUGACUCCACCUUGGCCAACAAGCUGCUGCAGCCACACAAAAAGCCUCCCACUGCAAUCCCUCCCAAGCUGGGCUCUGGAGGUGAUGCUGUGUCCAGGCCCCUGCCCCUGAGUAAGAGAGAAAAGAUAAAACUAAAACCCAAGGGUGAACCUGCCCAUCCUACCUCCCAACCCUCUGCCCUCACCCAGUGCAACCCCCUGGCAUGGCCUCGAGCCAAGCUGAGUUACUUGGAGCUGACGGGUCAGAAUGAAGAGUGCAAAGGCAAUGUCUCCGAGAAAGGGCUGAGUUCUCCCAAGAAUGGUCGAGAGCAGCCUCUGCCAUCCCGUUUCACUGACCAGUAUGGAUCAGCCCAAACAGCUCCAGAGGACUCUCUGCUCUCCGGCUCUUUCCACCAUGCCCUACAGAUCUUGGAAAACACUUUAUCCCACGGCAAGAAAGCAAAUGCGAUGCUCGCUACUGAACGGGCAGCAAACUUCUACAUGCACCCUUGCCCAGAGCAGAUGUGUGCUCCAGCUGCCUCGGGCAGCAGCGGGAUGCAGCCGUCUGGAAGUGAUGCUGUGGGGGACUCACCUGCCCAGAAGAAGGAUGCUCUGUGCCACAGUGAGCCAGCUCUUUCCCAGCUGGGUUAUCGUGCACCAAGAGAGCCACCUCAGCACCAGAAAGAGUCUGAGCCUCCCUUCAGCCAGCCCAAGGCCGGAAAAUGGUCUCACAGCCUUGGGAGCAAGUGGCCAAGAAUUAAACCUCUCCCUUCAGCUGAAUCUCUGGGUCCAGCCCCUGGGAAGCCGCCAAGACCCCCGCAGUUUGAUCUCAGUGCUUUCCGAAGUGCCAUGCCUGUGGUCCACAGGGGAAAUGAAACAACUGCUGACGAAGAGGAUUACUUGACCCCUGAAAGUGCUCAACUUGAAGAGCAGCAUAAUUAUGAAGAAAAUCCGACGUACCUGAAUCAGUUUGGGGACACCACAACCUUGUGUGUCAUUGAAGUACCUAAGGCAGAUCCUCGAGAACACAAGAAACAGAAGACACUUCUCUUUGCCAAAUCCAGCUCUGGAAAAGCUAUAAUAGAGGAUGAAAAAGAGGAAAAAACAAGUCUUGAAAGAGAGAAACAGGAAGGAAAGAAAAUUUUCAAGGUGAGUGGAAAUGAAUAUGUAUCUCCCACUAGUCAAGCCAAGGGAGAUGGUAGAGGUGGGAUGGAGGUGCUACAAGAGAAGCAGGAUGUGACCGGUACCCAGACUGCAAAGUUUCCUACCCCACAAGGGCUGGCAAGAGAUGGAGUGGAGCUCUUGCGCAACAGGAGUAUUGGUGCUCUGAAGCCAGUGGUAGAAAGAACAGCCUUAAACCAAAACAUUUGGUGGUCUCUGGAGGCACCAGAAGAUAUAUAUGAUGAUGUUGAGGGCAUGCAUGAUAGACUCAGCCAAGCGUCAGAUGUCUCAAGUGCAUUCGCUUCAGCCAGCAUUUCAGGAAACAGCUAUGAAGAAACAUAUGAAGAUGUUGAGAUUGAGGGUGAUAAUCCAGCAAAAACGGAAACAGAAAAACAAAAGAGAUUUGGAAACAUGUUUAAAAUAGAAAAGUUGAAGCUGAAGAACAACAGGUUUAAGGAAAACUUAAGGUUGUUUUCCAUUUCGGUAUCAAAUUUAGUGGCUGGUUGCCAGGAUGACGCGGUGUACGAUGAUGUCGAGGUGGGGCAGAGAAAACCGAGAGAGAAGGACGAUAAGUACAGAACCUGGAUGCCAACAUUUCUGAUAGCAAAAGAGGAUAAGGAUCAAAGGAAAAGUGGCAGCAAUAUGGAAAGGAGUAUCUUCAAAGUCAAGAAGAGCAAUGCAGAAAAAAGCAAGAAGAUGGGAAAAGAAGAGAAGUUUUUUAGAGAAACAUUUAUGUAUGAUAAGGAGAUCAACGUCAUCAACACAGCCACUGCUGAGUGUUCGGUCCCCAGUAUGAGAAGAGUUGAUCUCCCGGUCACAGCUGGAGAACAACUGGAUGUUAUCGAUGUCACAGAGGGCAACGCCGUGAUCUGCCGCAAUUCGGAGGGCAGAUAUGGGUAUGUUCUAGUGGAGCAUUUGAACUUCAGACAGUACUAAGGGCCCUGACAGCUGCUUUCCCCCAGAGCAUCCUUGAAGGUCUCGUUUGUGCUUCCUGCAUCCAUGAGAGUCCACGUUGGCCAACUGCAGAGAGCAGAUGCAAAUCGGUGAUGGUCACAGCCUGGAGAGCAGCAGCAGGACAGGGGAGCCCUUCGGCGUGAGAAGUGAGUCUCCAGCGGCAUGAAGCGGCAAGCAGGGAAGGCAGAUUUGGCAGCGAUUUUCGGGUGGUGACAGCACGUGGAGGGCUUCCUAUGGGAAAGGUGAGAGGUAAACGCUCUGGAGCCGAGCGUUCUUGCUGAUUCUUGCCCGGUGGUGACGAUCCAAGCCCUUGGGUGCACAGUGGGCGAAGCGCUGGGUUUCAGGUGGCUUGUCGGCAUCCUGCCCUCCAUCAGUGGUUCAUCCAAAUCCUGCUUGGGAUACGGUCCCUGGAGGUGGUGGAGAGGGUGAGCGGCUUGGAGGGGGGUGAUGGUUAGGGGCUGGAGAAAAAGCAAACAGCCUUCAUGUUUGAAUGUGGGGAGUAGGUCCAGGACUCUUGGAAGGAGGAAAUAAACCAUCUGAUGGGACACUCCUCUGCCAAGACUUGACAUGUGGAGGCUUUCCCAUGGCAGGUUUGUGACAAGACCUUUGCAUCCCACCUUCCCUCCCCAUAUUUAGCAGGGGAAAAAAAAAAAAACAACACACAUAGGGGAGGGAAGGCGUAUUGCACUAGUGCAGAAGUGUCGAAGCAGCUGCUAGUUGAGGAGGAAAGUGUCACCAGAGGAUGGCAGCCCCACCGGCACAGAGUUACUUCAUCUCCCCCCUGCUCCAUUUCACAUAGCUCCCGGUCAACCCCUCUGACCUGGUUCAGCCCAUCCUGCCCCUGCUCUGCACAGCAAAGGGGAUACAACACCAGCCUCACUGUGCGCUACCUACAUCGCAGAAAGCUCGGCCAUGGCUGUUAACUUGGGAUCAACAAGGGGGAGAUGUUUUCCAAAACCUCAGUGAUACAUUUGCUAUUUUACAGCUAUGCCAACAUUUCCCAUUUGGUUCACUAGAAAAAAAGGUAUUGGCUACAUUUCACCAUGAUAUAAGGAGUGAAAUGAAGUUAUUUUUAAUUUCCCCAGUGCCUUCGUAGAGGGGACUAUGUUUUGGGUCUGGAAUUGGCUCUGUGUCACAGGCUGUGGACCAGUGAGGGGCAGAGGAGGAGGAGGAAUGAAGCAGAAGCAGUAAGGAACGGAUAAGCCAGACCAGAUCCUCACAGUGCAACACUGUGUGCAGAGGGACCGGUGCGUCGGCGCUGCCCAUCAGCGAGCCAGGGCCAUGAUCAGGCUGGCGCACAUCUCGAAGAAGUCCAUGGUGUGGCUGCCCAGGCGCGGUGGCACUGAGGGGAUGCUGCCGACAAAGGAACCGCUCAGGGAGCCCAUCAGUGACUGGCACUCGGCAGCUGCGGCGGCAUCGAUGCUCAGCCUUGGGCGCUGCAAGCCAGCGGCGGAGCACGAGCGCUGCGGCGUGGACGAGCCGGACCUCUGCUCCAUCACGUCAUCUUCAAUAUGAAAAAAGAGAAAAAAGACAAAAAAGAAAAAAAAUAAAAGAGAGAGAGAGAAAAAGAGAAAAAAAAAAAAAAAGAGAAAAAGAUAAAAAGCAAAUAAAAAAAAAAAGAGAAGAAGAGAGAAAAGAAGAAAAAAGGAAAAAAUAAAACAAAAGAAGUGGCAUUAUUUUGGCAUCUGAAAUGCAUGCUUGGUAAAGAACUAGUAACAGUAGUAGAGACAAAUGGGUCAAAAGGGCUUUUCCUGACUUGAAACAGCUGCAUACACAUUUUGAAAUGCAAAGAAUGAUUUUUUUAAAGAUUUUUUUAAAACUUCUAAACUUGCCAUUUUAUGUGUUUCACAUCUCGUGUUGCACCAUUUCCCACUUACCGUCGAUGCUUUUGAAGUCCAAGAGAUAGCUGCGGUUGUCAACCUGGUAGAGCUGCAGGCUCAUCUUCACAUAAUUACCCGUCACCGGGUUCCUGCGGCGCACUCGGAGAUGGUAAGAGUUCACCACCUGCAACGGGAAACUUGCUUUCAGGUGUUAAGAUUAAAGGUAGCAAGAAGAACAUUUAUUUCCUUAUUUUUUUCUAAAUACUAAUGAGACAUCUUCUGAGCAAAACACAAUUUCUAGAAAGAGCAAUGCCUAUAAAAUUAAGCAAACAGCUUCAUGUCUUACUUCCUCCUAUCUUUAAAAUGCUUCUCAGGGUUCUGAUUCACCAGCUGCUGGCAGAUGAAGCUGCUGUGACCCAUCUGCCAGGCACCAAACUGACGUCUGCUCCUCCCUGCCCAGCAGCAAUGACCAUACGAGCCAAAAAGCCCACCUGUGGACUCAUGUAUGAGAACUGUGCCCAUGACACCAGGGCAGGCUGGAGAGAGCAACCUGUCCCAUCGGCCCAGCUGAAUUCCAUGUUUGUGAAUCAGCCUUGUGCUGUUGUAUUUUCUCUCGCCACUUCCCACCCCACAAUCUGCUGCAUCUCAUUUGCAACGAGAUCUUUCCUCUGUGCUAUAUUUACAAAGCAUUUGCAUGGAUGGGAAAGCUAUUUUGAUGAAGAGUCACGUAUCUCUGAAGAUAUUCUUAGGGUGGGAAAGACUACUGUGAAACCUCCUCGUACAAAAUAAGCUCCACUGCCUACAUGAAGACAUUGGGCUGACUGGGUUUGUGAAGCUGUACCAGAAAUACAUCAGGUUUGUUCUCUGUAAAACCAUGCAAAUAACAAACGUCUGGCUGGUGUAGGCAUACGCAUCUGGAGACAGUCCAUCUCCUGGCUGGUGCAGUGAAAUCAAGCUUCUGGGUCCUACUUGGCUUUAAAUACUUAAUAUUAUCAAAAAUAAGGUGGAGAUAGAAGGCUCUGAAGAAGCAGCACAGUGACAUUCACACUGUACAGUCCUUGGGACCUGGAGCGAGGAGGGUGUCUCCUCUGGUGACGAAGAUCUGGGCUGGAAAUCUCCUUCCCUUGCUCCUGAUGUUCACACGAGGCUGCUGUGAAAGGCCAUGAGUCAGGAGCGCUCCUGUCAGCGACUGCACUGAGAUUUAGGGAAUCAGGCUCAGCAGAAAAUAUUAAGGGUUAACUUAGGCAUUUAUUAAUUGGACUUUGAAAAAAGAUUGUGACUAAAAGCUAUGUAGUUCUGAAGAAAUAUCUGAAGUACUGUUAAGUAAAAUGUUAUCUGGGUUUAAAUCAAGCUUCACAAAGCUGAACCCUAGACCAGGGAAGCAGUAAGCAUCUGAAAGCACAUCUAGUCCACAAGGACCACUCCUUCUUCCAUUGAGAAAAAUGCCACCACAUCAAUGGUACAAAAUCCUGCCCCAACAACCCCUCACCUGGGGAUCUUUUAGGAAGAUGCAAAUCAUGCAGUUUCAGUACACAUGACUGCUAGGAACCGAGCAGAAAUCACAAGAGUUACUUUGCUCAGGAGUACUCCAGAUAACCUCGCAAGGAAUUAGCCACUAAAAUUAGAAACGUGACCGCCUCUCUUAUCUGCACAGCUAAAUGAGGCAGAAUCAUCUUUCCAGCCAGAGGCUUAGAGCAUUCAGAAAGAAAACUCUUAUUUUGUGCCAUAAAUAAAUGCCACAAAUAUUGAACCACAGCUAGCAGCUUAAUUCAGCGAGGACAAUCACAAGGAGUGGGUAUUUGUUCAGAAACAGGUGAGGCUGUAACCAGACUUAACCUCCCUGAGCAAUUCAGCUCAUGUAACGACCCUUGAAAACCACCACCAGGAAGCACCAGGACUCCCUACCUUCCACUCGAAGUCCAGCUGUUUCAUAGCACGGUAGACCUCAGCCAUAAUGUCAUACGGCUUGCUCUGGCUGCGGAUUCCCAGGUGCCACUUGGCCUUUUUGACAGUCAGAGGUUUUGGCUUGGUGGUGUUGAGGGCAUCCAAAGGACAUCGUGCUUUGGGACUGUCUGCUAUCAAUGGUGGCAUCCGCUCAGGGUGCGGCUUCACCCCAGGAGGGAUGUGCAUGGCACUGUCAUCCAUGAAAGAGCCGGUGGGGGGGCUGGAGGCAAGGUAGAACUCGCUGGCUUGGUUCAUGAUCCUGCGGUUGUCUAUGAUGAGGUGGUAAGCCACUGCCAGCUGGUCCUGAGGGUCACCACUGUACAGGCUGUUCAUCACCUCUGACUCUGUGCAUUCAAACUUUUCGCAAACUUCCCGGACCGCAUCGUCGUCGAUGACAGUGGCAUCAUAGGAAGGGUCCUCUGGGAACAGGUAACUGGGCAGCUCCUCCUUAAACCACUCGUGUUCCCUGUGGAAAGGCAGAGGAGCCAACAUGAGUUCCGUGCAACGUAGGCUGGGGGCAACCACUGCCACCAGACCCUGGAUUUCUCCUCAAAAGCAUCUGGGCAGCUUUGUCUUGGUGGUUAAAGCAUUUAAUUAAGAAAUAAGCAAUGUGUUUCCAGCAAGGUGACUCCAAAUCCCACUAAGACAUGUGGGCGCUAGCAAACAAAAUUAGGUCUACAUUCCUAAAAGAGCUGUGUUUUUGGCACUGGAGAGGUGGUGGCCAAAAUGAACCUUGGGGAUGAGAAACUGGCUGGCUGCAUCUACUUCACCUGUAUUGCCUGGUCUAGCGAAGACUAAUCCUCAGCUGCAGAUUGGGGAGCUCAGCCCAGUCCUGAACAGUCCCCCCAGCAUUGCAACAGCGAUGCCGCUUCGCAAGCCUGGCUGUUUGCUCACCUGGCUCUGAAGUUAAGACCUCAGCACCUACAAGAUGCUAUGGGUGUGACAGAGAUACAGAGCAUCCAAGCUAUCCAGGUGGGCACGAGAGAAAGGGGUGGCCUGGAAAAGCCUUUCCAUCUGAAACCUCGGUGUUUGCAGACUUCCAAACCAGACCUGACUUGCACCCUGCCAACUCCAAAUGGGAGCGGAGCAGCCGGAGCCUGGUGAAGAGACGUGCCCUGAGGAUACGUCUACAUUGCAGUGCAGAGUACAAGUUUGCUUCAAUUUCUUCAUCAAUAUGGAGAUGUAUCACCAGGCAGGAGGAAACCGUAGCCAUGACCUGCUGGAGCUGCUUUGAUGGAGCCGAAGGAUUUGUUUUUCCAAGCAACUGCUAAGGAAGGGCAGUAGAUGGUGCUGUUAUUCUCUUUUUCGAGGGCGGUGUACUGAAGACAGAGGCAUAACCCGAGCCAGACACGAGGUGUUACCGGUCCCCAGUGCCGUCAAGGCAUAAAUCAGGCUCCUUCAAAUCUUGGGAUGUGGCCUUCAGAAAAAUCGUCAGAUUAAAUCAAAAGGUAUCCUUUCUUACAUCUAGCGCAUUUUGAUCUUUCUGAUGAGAUGUAGAGGUCACAUUUUUGAGCUUUUUGUCAUAACCGUGUCAUUUGAUUUUUUAAAAAAUUUUUAUAUUUUUUUUCUCUUUGUAAUAAUGAGAAGUGGAAUCUUCUAAUCAUUUCAGGAGCCAGAAAGAUUCAGGGGAACUACAUUAAAUUAAGGAGAAACACCAGGAUUGUGAAACUUGGCAGCAGUACAGAAGCUGGUUUCAAAACAGCCUGGACUUCUGAAAGCUGUUGGCAAAUCGAAUGCAUCUGACUAUGAGUGAUUUGGGAUGCCAGGAACCACUCUGUGACCACAGAGCUCCCUACCCCACGGGUUACUGUGGCACAUGCUUGAGGGAUGACCCUCCUGGCUUGCAUCGAUCUGGACACCCGAUUUCCUGAAGAGCAGCAAACCCUGUGUCAGGAUGACAUUUAUCAGUUAUUUUUUAAAAUGACCUGAAGAUUUAUGAGGUUUGAUUGUUCCCUGUGGCAUUGGAGAGGGCAGAACUGGGCCCCCUUUGGAUUUCACUUUUAUUUGCCUCUCUCUGCAAUGACAGGUCUAAGUUCAGCCUUAGCAAACAUUUCUCAACAGGGCAGCAAUGAUUGCGUGGGUUGGACAACCCAGCACCGGUGAAGGUGGCCAGGCAGGGGGCAUGGCAGCUCUCCUGCCCUUCACCUCCUCCUGCCUUGGCCUGUGGUUGGCAAUGUCAACCCUCCCCACCACUUGCAGCCCCUCUUGUGUUUUCUCCAGCAGCAGCUGCUGGUGCUAAAAAUAGUCCUCAACAGAGUAGUGGUGGCUCAGCUUUGGACUUCCCAGAAGUUUACUGGUGUUCUGGCCUCGUGACUCCAGUUUAGGUGACCUGAUGCUCAGCAGCACAGAACUUUGCCCCAGUUUCCCUGUUCGUUGUGGAACAAUCUCAAAUAAUGUAGAGAUAACAAUCAGCAUACUGAGUACAGCUCACUUUCUUAUUUUAGGUUUGCUAUAGACAUGGUCAUGAACAGCUCCAAGAAAUACAAUAGGCAGGGCCUGGUCCUUCCCUGCUGCAUGUCCCGUCUCCAGAAGAGCUACUGCCAAAGCUUCUAUGUGGUGGAAAAACAAAGUGGGUUCCUAUCUAAAACCCUGGUGCAGGUCUGAGAGGGCAGCACUGUUUUGGUGCUGGGCUGUGCAUCAAAACAAGUGUCCAACCACACACACUUCAGACAUCAAACUGUCCUGCAACAUUGUUCUUGUCAGGAUGGCAGGAAGAGCGGGAUUCUCUAUGCUUGCAAACAUAGCAGCCCUGGGAGCAGGGGAGCUGCAUGGGCAAGGGGCAGAGCUGACACUGUCAGUGAUGCUGCACUAAUGAAACACCUUGUAGGGACUGAUUAAAGUUGUGCUGGGCCAAGGGGAGUGGGAUGGGGUAAGUGGGAGUGUAACAGCAGGCUGCAGAUCUGCUCCCUGCUCUAACAAAUAGUUAUUUUCUAUUAAGUGACCUAUAGGAUAAACUGCUCCUAUGAGCCUCAGAGCAGAAACUGGAGCUGCUUCCCUUCUCUUUCCUCAAACCUACUCUGUGUACCAGGUGGAAACACAAGCUCUUGACAGGCUCCUUUUUCUUUUUCCCCAAAUCCGACCUUACUGUCUCCUUGGACUUGGUGUGGGUGUUUUUUGUUGUUGUGGUGGUGUUUUGUUUUGUUUUGUUUUACAGAAUUAUGCCCUUUGACCUGGAUCAUGGUGACUGGUCAUGCUGAAGGAUGAAGAGCUUAUCUCCAUUUUAAAUUAUUGCUGCAAAAUGAACAGGUUUCCAUGUAGUCAUGUCCUACCAUACAAAGGUACAAGGGACAGCAUCCAGUUCCUGCCCCUUUUCCUGUUACAGGAGUAGUCUUAAAGAGAUGAUUCUCUUAAAAUGGCAAGACUGAACAUAACACAAUUCCUGUUUUAAUAUUGUUGGGUUCUGAAAUAUCAUAGUUAAUGUUUAUAUCCGGGCAAGAACAAGCAUUACCACAACUAUUUUAUUUUCCUAUAGGUUGUAUCAGUGCUGCAUUCCUUGUUCACUGGCUAUCUAGUCCAGCUGAGACAUGAAAAUGGUGAAAAUGCUGUGAGGUCAGUCAGUCUCCAAAAAUGUUGGGCAAAAUUCACUGAUAACAUAAAUGCAAUUGACUCAGUUAAUUUAUAUCAAGGAAAAAACCUUCAGUCCGUAGUGGAAAUUUAGAAUCUGAAAGGAAUAGCUGAGCCCUAAGUGGAUAGCUGUUGCAUGCUGUAUUUAAUAAUUGCAUUUGUGAAUAAACAAUUAUUACCAA